GCACUGCUGCGGCCAUCCAAAUUCCCGUAAGGACCUAACGCAAACUAUGUUUGCCAAGGCAGCAUUAGAUAAAGAAGAGGUGCCUGCCCUAUCUCUAUUUCUAGAAGUGGUCAAGAGUCAGUGGGGCCAACCUGGCAUUUUCCCAAACCCUAGGGUAAAUGACAGGAAGCUUUACAAUAUGGAGCAAACCUUCUCUCAGGCCCUCCAGGUGCCUGCGGUUGACACCCCUGAUGCCGCUCUGUCUUCUUCAGCAGUCGUAGUUGCGAGAGAUGAGGCAGACAAGCUGAAGCCUGAGGAUAAGAAAGCAGAACUUAUCCUUAGAAAGGGUUUUCAGGCUUCAACUUGGGCCAUUAAGGCAGUAGCUGCUGCUUCCUUUUUCAAUAGAACAACUCUAUUGUGGCUACAACAAUUGUAAGAAUGCACACCCCCAGAGGACGCCUGCACAAUGAAAGAUCGUUGCAGUGACCCAAUAUUCCGCUGAUGCCACUCUUGAUUCAGUUAAAUUUGCCUCUCGAGCUUUGUCUGCCUCUGUAGCCUCAAGACACCUCCUGUGGUUAAAGAACUGGCAGGUUGAUAAAAAGUUGAUAAUAAGGAGGGUGGAGAGCAAUCCUGGAUCUGAAACAUCUGAACAGAUUCAUUGUAUACCACUGGUUUAAAAUGGUGUCAUUGGCCUCCAUAUUACAGGGUGUUAGAAAGGGUGACUUUAUGGCCUCCAUAGAUCUCACCAAAGCAUACUUACAUAUCCCUAUCUUACCUUCCCACCAAUAUCUUAGGUUCGCUAAAGAGGGAGUUCAUUAUCAGUAUAGGGCGCUACUCUUUGGUCUGGCUUCAGCCCCGAGGACUUUCACCAUGUCAUGGCGGCUGUCGCAGCUUUCCUUAGGUCCAUACCUGUGCGAUUACAACUUUACCUUGAUGAUGUCUUGGCUCAGGCUCAUACUUAUGAGCAGACCGUGCGGGACGUCCAACUCACCAUCAAGACCCUCCAAUGGAUCGGAUUCUCUGUUAAUUUUGAUAAAAGUUCUCUAACUCCCACCAUGAGGUUGCUGCACCUGGGAGCAGUAAUUAACUCCAAGGCAGGGAUGGUCUUCCUGUCCCAAGAAUGUAAAUCCAAAUUGCAACAAUUAGUUCUGGAAACCCGGGUCAAGAGGGUGGUCCCGAUAAUGGAUUUCUCAUGUCUUUUGGGGACAAUGAUCUCUUGCAGAGGGAUAGCUCCCUAGGCGCGUUUUCACGCAAGGACAUUACAGUGGGCCUUGAUCCCAUAUUAGAGAGAAAUGAUGAGCAACUCACCUUUGGCCAUUCCAGUGUCUCCACAGGUCCACAUGUCGCUCCGACGGUGGUUGUCAGCGGCACGCAACUGGGGGUUGCAGUUCAGAGAGUCACAGAGAGUAACCGUGACUACAGAUGCAAGUUUCUUCGGCUGGGGAGCACUGAUGGGAUCAAAGAUGACGCAAGGCCAUUGGAGAAAGACAGAUUUGCAUCACAACAUCAACUAUCUAGAGCUCAAGGCGGGGCGUCUCGCUCUCUGGCAUUUCCAGCACGACUUGCAUCACAAACACGUGUUACUUCUCACCGACAACAUCGCCAUGAAUGUACAUGUGAACAGGCAAAGUGGGACUCAUUCCAGGGCUCUGUGGACAGAGGCACACAGACUGAUCUCGUGGGCGGAGGCUCAUGUGAUAUCGAUAGUAGCGGAUCACAUUUCUGGGAUUGCCAAUCACCAGGCGGACUGGGUCAGUUGAGCCACAGUAGAUCACGGGGAGUGCCAGCUUCACCCAGACAUAUUUUAGCGUAUUUGCCACAGAUUCAGGACUCCAGUUGUCAAUCUGUUUGCAACUCCGGCGAACUCUCAACUGCUGAGAUUUGUGACCAGAUAUUGUACUCAAGGAGCCAAGGACAUGGAUGCGCUGAGAUGCCGAUGGCCAUCAGGCCUUCUCUACACCUUCCCUCCCCUUCCCCUUCUUCCAGGGACUAUCAAGAAUAUAGUGUCAGAGGGGGCGGAGAUAAUUCUAUUAGCGCCGGACUGGCCCAGGAGGCCAUGGUAUGCGGACUUGGUCCAACUGGAGAAUUCUCAGGGAGGAGACUUGCUUGUGCCAGGGAGUGUUAAUUCAUCCAGAGCCUCAAUGGCUCAAAUUAACCGCCUAGCACUUGAAAGGGACAUUUUGAGUAGGGCACAAGUGUCUGUUAAGGUUAUUUCCACCUUAGACGCAGCCAGGCGACCUUCAACCACUAGAAUAAAUAAUGCUACAUGGUCGGCGUCUAUUAGAGCAGAGGACACGUCGGUGCCUCACAUUUUAGACUUCUUACAAGAUGGGUCAGACAAGGGUCUAGCAUACAACACCUUACGUCGUCAAAUGGCGGCGCUUUCCACCAUUUUGCUAGGCGAAGGUCAGGUUCCCCUAUUUCAUCUUCCUUUAAUUAGGAGGUUCUUAAGAGGGGCUGCCAAUAUUGCCCCUCCGGUGGUACAUAGAUUCCCUACGUGAGACUUACAGGCUAUGACAGAACCUCCUUUUGAGCCGAUUCACUCGGUAUCUCUUCAACUUCUAACUCUGAAAGUAACUUUUUAAAUUGCUAUAACUUUGGCUAGACACAUCUCAGAGAUUGGGGCUCUGUCUUCACAUAACGAUCUAUGCACUUUAAACCAGGAUAGGGUAACCUUAAGGUUGGACUCUGCCUUUCUGCCAAAACUUAAUACUCCUUUUCAUAGGGCACAAGAGAUAGUGUUGCCCAAUUUUUGUCCGGCUCUGUCUCACUCUAGGGAGUGAUUCUGGCACAGAGAAUUUAUCUCAAGCGAACGGCCUCGUUCCGUAAAUCAGAGGCUCUUUUGGUGUCCUUCCAAUCGUCCAUGCAAGGUGCAAGGGUGACAUCUAACAUGAUAGGUAGGUGGUUGAGGAAAGCGAUUUCCUUGGCCUAUGAAACUAAAGGCAAGAGUCCCCCUCAGGGAAUCACUGCGCAUUCUACUCGCCGUGCGGCCACCACGGCGGCAUGGGCGACUAGAGCGCCAUUUGAGGAUAUCUGUAGGGCAGCUUCUUGGGCGACCCCUACUUCAUUUAUUUGACACUAUAGAUUGGACGCUUACGUGUCAGCUGAUGCAUCUUUCGGCCGUAGAGUGUUGGAGCAAGUAGUGGCUCCAUCAGCCGUUACCGAUUUAUAAUUUUUCCCUCCCUAUGGACGCUAGCUUGUGUAUGUCCCACUGGUAGCACUUCCCUCUGCUCAUCAUUGAGAACGAUUGUUGGUUCUUACCUGAAAGUCGAUUCUAAUGAUGACAGAGGGAGGGGCUACCUUCCCAGCCUAGUAGGAUAGCGGCUUGGGGGGAGGAGUUGUUUGUUCCUUGUUGUGACAUUUGAUUCACAGGUUUACUCCCUACGACCUCGAGGAAACUGGACAGAAGGAGUAGAGGCGUGGCUGCAACAAUUUUCUCUCAGUCGAUGGACCAAUUAAGAUUGAUGAUAGCCCACUGGUAGCACCUCCCUCUCUCAUCAUUAGAAUCGAUGUCCAGCAACUGUUAGAAAUUGCAAUGGUUCUGAACAAGGAUUUAUCGGACCCGUACCUGAAGUUGGCAGGUGCUGCACUACCCCUGCAGUUACGUGAACAAAAUUCAGGUACUUGGCAAUCUGCCUGCAUUUAUGACUGACUGCAGGGAUAUACUGCAGUGGCCCUACUCCCAUCCCACUCUGCUGAAUCCUUUGGGCUCAUCUUCUACCCAGCUGGGUUCCCACAGGUCUUGGGCCUGCUUCCUGCCCCACUGGGUUCCACAUCUCCUCCCCCCACCCUCUUCACUUAGCUUUUCUGAAGAUCACUUUUGGAAAGGAGAACUGAUUGAUUUGCAUAAAGCCUUCAUAUCCAGAGGGGCAUGGUGACAUUUUGGAAGUAGAUGCCAUUUGGGGAGUGGUAGAGGUCUCUUCAUGACAUCCUAGACUGGACUGACCACAAAAGCAAUCUGCACAACUGUUAGCUUUCUGCCUUUUUGUCCCUGCAUGGAAUUAAAUUUAGCAGUUAUUUUUAAAUACAAAAAAUAUCAAUUUAAUGAAAAUAUGCAAGGAUAUGUAAAGAAUAAAAAAUAUCUACUUUGUUUGAUAUCCAGUUCAUAGAUUGCAUAACUAUUUAAUCUAAUAAAUUUGCUUUUGUCACUAAAAGUAUUAGUCAGUUCAUAAUGAAGCUAAUUCUCAAAUUAAUUUUAUAAUUUAAUUGCUUUCUGCUUCACAUGGACAUAUAGCAGGCCCAACAAUGCAUAUAAUGAGUAACAAUUGCCUAAGUUAAAGUGAAAUAUCAUAAUAGCUAAAUCUAUUAUAAUCAUAAAAACACAAUAAUAAUAAAUCUAAACAAGUACAAAGCUAAAAUGAGCCCCAAUGAAAUUUCUGUGAUAAGCAAA